ACUGAACACGUCGUUGCCGGUCGCCCGUCAGACUUGGCUGUCCGGCUGACCCUUCGUGACGCCAUCGCACGGCAUGGAGCGAGCAAUCGAUGCGCAAUUCGAGCGCGCAGUCGAUAUGAUACAGAGUCUGCCCAAGAGCGGGCCGAUCCAGACAAGUUACGAGGACAAGUUGCUCUUGUAUAGUCUGUACAAGCAAGCCACGGAGGGACCACCCAGCACAGCGCGACCGGGCAUGUUGGACAUGCUGGGACGAGCAAAGUGGGACGCAUGGAAGCGUAGAGCUCACCUGACGCCAGUACAAGCAAAGGCAGCCUAUAUCGAUGCACUGCGAAGCAUCCUUAGAACCUUCUCAGACAGGCCGACGGCCCUUACACUCAUCAAGGACUUGGAUAGUCACGGUCCUCGCGAGACUCGCAAUCCCGCUGCCGCGCCUGAUAGUUUAACGUCACAGUCGGCCAUGUCGACGUCGUCAUCUACAGAGGAGGAGCGUCUCCCGCGAGCUACGCGAGAAUCGACGUCCCGGAGAGCUCAUGCUCUCCCAGGCGGCACGCCCCUGACAGCAAGCAGCCUGCGCGCAGUCGAUCAGCAGCAGCGUGCGGUCGGGCAGCGACGUCCGCAAGCUAGACAGAACUCGCAGGACUCGACAGACGAUGCGUCUACAGACGAUGGGAGCUUCACCGAUGAAGCACACGAUCAGCAAGGGGGUGCGGCCGGCUUUGAUGGCUCAGCUGCUGCAAGUCAAUCUCAUCAUCGACAACCGAGACCCUUAGCAGCGUCCCAGACACUCAUGCAUCCUCCAGCUCCUCCGCGCACAAACAGUGUAUAUAGCUCAGCUGUCGCAGGUCCCGUCAGAUCGCAGCCGCCGACUCCCGGUCAGUACUACGCUCAGCAAGGGAGACCAGGUUCAGUAUAUGCAACGCAAGCGCACCCAGGAUACCCUCAUCGACCGAUGAUGAGCCCCAACUACUUAGCCGGACAGUCUCACUAUGUACAGAGACCGCCCUCGAGGCCGCACUCGCUCGCGCCAGGCUCUUACAUUGGCGGCGCGAGACCUGUCUCGCCACAAGCUGCUCUAACUGCCAGGGCGCAAGCCGGAUCAUCUAGACCUGCACUCGACAGGGCUCUGGACAACAUACAGGUCUCGCUUGCUGCCCUGCAUGAGCGUUUGCAGGCGCUAGAAAGCUCGCGACCAGCUGCAUCGCCGCGAGCGAAUUCCUCGCCGCUCGUCGUAUUCUUGCGUGGCAUACUGGCUCGACUGCUGGUUCAACUGCGGUUGCGUGACGCUGCAUCAGUCCCGUCGUUCAGUAGAAUCAACUUGCGGGCUCUUGCAGUCGCUCUCUUUUCGUCACUGCUACAGCUGUCCCGCAGAUUCAUGACAGAUUUCGCGAUCCUCGUCUUCCUCGCAAGCGGCUUAACGACUCUGCGCAAGAACGACGGCAAUCUUCGUGUAGUCGUUCAAAAUUGGGGUCGAUUGCUGCUCUACGCGGGUACGCUGGGCAGCGCAGGUGCGACAAUACAGCAAUAGCAACACUUUGCAUGUCAACAACAUCACUCAUUGCAUUCU